AUGUCUUAUGUUAUACAAGGAACUCAUUUUCGUGGUUCUAUGAUAUCUUGGCGUAUAACCGAUGAAUCAUCUUCAACUGUUCUUGUAGAAAUUCUUCAACGUCAUGCAUGGCGAUACACAUUUUAUACUCCAUUGUGUACGGAUGCAACUAUUGCAAAUGGACAACCUAUUUUAGGCAGUAGUAGUUAUGAUAUCGCUUGUGUCAGUAAUUGUCCAUCAGGCUUAACAUCACUUGGAGAUGUUCAAGUUCCUUGUACUGGUUAUAACAUUGGUGAACAAUAUUCAAUGGGUGAAGGUCGUUUUACAUUAAGUAUUCCAAUAAAUUCUAAUUUUAUAGCUGCGUUUAGUAAUGCAGCUUGGUUUGAUCUUGUUACAGGAAACAAUUUGGGAUGGAGUGUUGCUGUUCAAAUUCAAACCUAUAAAAGAGUUGAUACUGGAUGGUAUAACAAUGCACCUAUUGUUACGAUGUUACCCAUCUAUCGAUUAAGAAAUUUAAUCAGUUAUUCUAUCAAAAUUAACGUCGCUGAUAAUGAUUUUGAUCCAUAUAUUUGUCUUUGGUCUGAGGGAUCUACACAAUGUGGUGGACUUAGUAAUAGUGUACCUGGUGCUAUUGUUGAUAAUUAUGGAUGUUAUUUAAACUUUACACCAAAUAUUGUGGGAUACUAUGCAGCUGCUUUGACAGUAGAAGAUUUCGUGAUAUUACCGAUCAAUAUAUCAUCAAAUGAUUAUCUUUCACAAGUACCUAUUCAAUUCGUAUUUCAUGUUUACGACUCUCCAGAUCCUUGUUUCACUGGACCAAUCUAUAUAGGUGAUCUCGUACCAGAUAUUUGUAUCUAUCUUCCAAUAGGCACUACGCAGACUACUCGUGUUCGUUUUCAAGUUCAAUGUACUAAUGCUACUGUUGAGAGUGUAAUUAGUGCCAAUCCAGCUGGUUUAUUAACAACGUCUAUUGAACAAGAUCCAUUUGAUCCUACCAUCUUUGCUUUUCUUGCUAAUUUUACAUCAAGUGCUCAACAGGUAGGACAAAAUCUCUUUUGUUUCGCUGCUGUUGACUCAAUUGGAAAUCAAGGAGAUUCAGCUUGUCUUCGUUUUGCUGUAUCAUCACAAACAUCUAGUCUUCAACCAUUAUACAGAUUAAAUGCUACUCGAUAUCCAAUGGGAACAGUCUCAAAAACAACAUCAACAUGGACUAUGCUUACUGGAACAAGUAUUUAUGAACGCCCAACAACAGAAACAUACAUUCGAUUUAAAAGAACAUCAGAUGAUGUUGAUUUUUAUGUAUUAAAUGCUGUGACCGCAAUUGACAAUGUUCUCUAUUUAAGUGAUCGUAUAGUGAUAAAUUCCACAGUUGUAUGGACUCCAGGUGAAAAUUUUUAUAUUUAUUUUGAUGCUGGUGUAUUCAUAGAAGCUAGUUCAUGUUCGAAAGAAGCAAUGCCAAUUAGUGAUCCAAACUUUUGGCCAUUUGACAUACCAUAUGAAACGACAACAACAAGCACAACUUCAACAACAACAACAUCUGUAUCAUCAACAACGACAGCACGAACAAUACCAACACGUCGAACCCUCGGCACAUCGACGACAACUAUAUCAACAAGCACUUCAACAACAACAACAAAAACAGCAUCCACAACAAUUACUUCAACCAGAACAGUUCGAGUGACAAAGUCAUUUCCUAUUAGUGCUAUUGUCGGUAUUAGUCUUGUAGGUCUUUUUAUUUGUGCAUUAUUGAUAUGGAUAAUUUUUUCAUAUAUCCAUGUUGCUUGGAUUCGUUUCCUUCUUCUUGAGUUUGGUCUUCAUCAGCAACUAGUUAGCGUUGAUUCAUCAUCAACUCCUGAUUUAUUUUAUGAUUUAACAAAGAAUGAUCGUAUUACAUCAACACUCCAAUAUAAACUAGCAACACGUCAUCAUCGUCGACAAAGCAACAGCAAAUAUUCGACUAUUAGUAAUGCAACUUCUAUUCAAAAAAGUUUAGUUGAAGUACAUGUAUAA